CGACAACAGAGGAACAUUCUGUGACAGGUGUAAGAGUCAAGAUCGUCAAGAUUUUCAAUAUCUUCAGAAGAAGCGUCGCUUCCCGGUUUCCUUUUCUCUCUCCAUCUUCCCUCCCUGCUGAGAUGCUCAGCACCUUGCGGCAUCCAGCAGGCCGUGCAUGCUGCGCCACCAAUGCUGUUCGACCACGGCCCGUCCGGCCCAGCCCUCGCUCAGAUUUCUUUCCCCUCUCGCUCUCGUCCAGGCAACCGACGGCAACCGCACCUGCACCUGCCAUACUCCCCUCAGCCACAUGCUUCGCGCGCCACACGAGGUCAUGGCACCAAUACGGUGGAUGCGGCAGCACCCACCGCGGCUUUGGCAGUGCAGCAGCGGCAGCGACCCACCGUGGGAGGGAGGAGGGAGCACCACUGGAGGACAACGACAUCCAUGAGCACAUCGGUCGUGACCUGCUGUCCUACCGGCAGGCGUACGACCGCAUCGUCAUCACCGACAGCCUGGAGCGCAUCGUGGACGACUUCAACAAGGUGACCAUGACGGGUGGGCAGAUCGUCCACCGCAUGCUGCGCAACAAGGGCGUCGAGUACGUCUUCGGCUACUCGGGGGGCGCCGUGCUGCCGCUGGUGGACUGCUUCUACGACGAGAAGAUCAAGUUCUUCCUCCAGUGCAACGAGCAGUGCACGGGCCACAGUGCGGCGGCGGUGGGCAAGUCGACGGGCAAGCCGGGUGUGGUGGUGGUGACGUCGGGGCCGGGACUGACCAACCUCAUCACACCCCUGCAGGACGCACUCAUGGAUGGGGUCCCCAUGGUCGUCCUCUCCGGACAGGUAGGGAGGGCACCUGUGGACACACACAUCUAUGGGCAGACAGAGAGACAGACGUGCAGUGCAGAGUGGUGGACGUGUGUGUCUGUGUGUGUGCGAAGGUACCGACGACGGCGAUGGGCACGGAUGCAUUUCAGGAGUGUCCGGCAACGGCCCUGACGAAGCCCUGCACCAAGUGGAACUUCCUGGCGCAGGACAUCGAGUCGCUGCCAUGGGCACUCGAACACGCAUUCAAAACGGCUAUGUCCGGACGGUAUGUCAAUCAGCUCAAAAAGAUGGAUACACUUCACUCCACCCCUUCGUGCAAUGCAAUCGCCCAACGUUGUGUGGUGUGGUGUGUGUGUGGCUGGUCUGCCUCUCUGUCGUUGGUGCGGUGCAGCAAGGGUCCGGUUCAUGUGGAUCUGCCCAAGAAUGUGUCGGCCGGUACGGCGCAAAUACCGAUCUCCCUCAUCGCACCCAGGAUGGGACAGGUGAGUCAGGUCAGAGAGCACAGCACACAUACAUACACGCAAAGCGCCGCUGGCUGUGUGAGUGAGUGAUUGUGUCCGGCCAUGCCAUGUCUGUCUGUGUUGUGUUGUGAUGUGGCACGUUACAUUAGAAUGACCUGGCCUACAAUCUGGCAGAGCGCGAGAACGCCAAGCUCAAGGUGGAGCCCGAGAAGAUGCAAAGAGUGGCUGACCUCAUCGCACGGUAUGCCAUGGCAGCCAGUCCCGGAGGGAGGCCACAGACGCGAUACACGACAUGGGUACACCCCGCGCAUGACAUGUCCGUCGAUGUGUUGUGUGGUCAGUGCGGAGCGUCCGGUGAUGUAUGUGGGCCACGGUGCGUCAGAGGCGUGGAGGGAGGUCAGAGAGCUUGCCAUCAAGGUCAGUAAUAUAUAUUACCCUCCCUCCCUCCUUGCCAGCCAGCCUGACAGACAGACAGAAGCCCACACGGACGUCUGUCUCUCUGUGCCUCUCUGCCUGUCUGAUUGUCUGUCUGUCUGUCUGUCUCCCUUGGUGCGGUGCAGUGUGACAUUCCGACGACCACGACAGUUCACGGGAUGGGAAUCUUCGACGAGCUGCACCCGCUGUCUCUGCACAUGCUGGGCAUGCACGGCUCUGCCUACGCCAACUACGCCAUACAGAACGCUGACCUCAUCCUCGCAAUCGGAAGCAGAUUCGGUCAGCCAGACACACAUCCCAACAACCGUCAUACAGACAGACAGAUCCUGACAGACAACAGAACAGUCUCUCUCUCCCGUGUGUUGUGUGUUGUGUGUUGGUGUGGAUGGAUCAUAUGAUGUGGAUUGGAUCAGACGAUCGCACCACCGGUGUGAUAAGCAAGUAUGCGCCCAGGGCUCGUGCGGCAGCUGUUAAGGGCGAGGGCGGCAUCGUGCACAUCGAUAUCGAGGCACGGCAGUUCGGCAAGUGUGUCGAGCCGAACCUUGCCAUCCACUCAGACUGCAGAAACGGUGUGUGAGAUGGGAGACAGAGAGGGAGAGGCAGGAGGCACGCAUUUCUGUCGCUGAUUCGUUGUGCCGUGACUCACGUGUGUAUCUCCUUCCGUCAUUCCGUCAUUCAGCGUUGCUUCAGCUGUUGCCCCUGGUGUCUGAGCAGACGAGGUCCGAAUGGGUCGCACAGGUACUGCAGCAUGGCAGCAUGGCGUCUCUCUCUCUCUCUCUCUCUGUCUCUCUCUUCACCACGUCUCCCUGGCUGUCCUGUCUCUCAUGACCAGAUCCAGAAGUGGAAGCAGAAGUUCCCCUUCUCAUGGAUUCCGGCCCCCGAAGGACGCAUCAAGACACAAGACGUACGUAAACUAUCUAACAACGUACACUAACAAACACACUCACUGCUGAAGCGAGAGCGGUAGACGCUCUGCCCCCGUGUGUGUCCUCCACACACACAGGUGUGUGACGGCAUCUACCGCGCGACUCGGAAGCCCGACGUGGUGCCUGAGGGCAAGGACGUCAUCUACUGCACGGGUGUGGGCAACCACCAGAUGAUGACCGCCCAGUUCAUCCGGUGGCGGCGGCCGCGGCAAAUGAUCACUUCGGGCGGGCUGGGCACCAUGGGCUCGGGACUGCCCUUCUCUAUCGGCGCACAGGUGCGGUGUGCUGCGCUUCACCGCCACCACCAGCACUCACAUAUCGGACACCGCAGCCCACUCGUGUCUCUGUGUGUGUGUGUGUGUGGCCGUGCGGUGCGGCUGUGUGUGUCAUUCAGGUGUCUCAUCCCGACAGUUUGGUGAUCCUGAUCGAUGGUGACGGCUCCUUCAACAUGACCCACGUCGACCUGGCCAGCGUGAGGCGGUAUAACCUGCCCAUCAAGAUAGCCAUCAUGAAUGACGGAAAGUACGCAACGCACGACAACGCAUCCCAUUCCGACCAUAUGAACGGACCAUCCAUCGCAUGUGCUGCGUGUGUGUGUGUGUGUGUAUGUUGUGUCGUUGGCUUGGCUGGUCUGGUUGAUGCGGUGCAGGCAGCAGAUGGUGGCAGUGUGGCAGAAGCUCUUCUUCAAUGGCCGCAUGCUGGCCACCGACAACACAAACCCUGACUAUGUCAUGGUGCGCAGCGCAGCGCACUGCACUGCAGCGGCCGACAUACACACACAGCAAAUCAAUCAAUGUACACACGUGUGUAUCUGUGUGUCGGUUGGUUUGUGCAGCUGGCGAACUCUCACGGCGUUCCUGCCGUGCGGUGCAGCCACGUGAGCGAUCUCGACAAGACCAUCGCAGAGUGGCUCAGCACCGAAGGGCCCUGCCUCGCAGACUUCAGGCACCAUACGCACACACAUCACGUACCUUGUUCAUGGACGGAUCCGUUUGUGUCUCUGCUCUGUGUGUGUGUGUGUGCCCAGGGUUGUGCCCGACAUCUGUCUGCCGAUGGUUCAGCCGGGGCGGGCACUGGACGAGAUGCUGCUCAACCCGGAACAGCUCGAAAACGCCAAAAUGGAGGGGCUGGCGCCAUCAUGAUGGAUAGACAGAUGGGUCACGGGUGGGUGGGGUGGCUAGACAGACAGACGGCGGUGUGUUGAUGAUUUGAUUUGAUUUGUGCGAUCGACGGAUGGCACGGCACAGAUGAAGGAAUGAAUGCAACGCAGGGCGGCCGGCCAUGUGAUGGUGAAAGCUAUGCGUCGACAUGGCCGCCGGCCCUUUUGCGGCUUGAUCAAAGGAUGAAUGGAGUUUGAUUGAUUGCGUGGUGUCUGUGAUCGAUGUGUGAUCUCUAUAUCGAUGUGUUGUAUGUGUAUGUGGGAUGGAUGGCUACAUCUGCAUAGCUUGUGUGUUUAUACGGACGGCCACAUGGUGGAGUGGAGUGUGUGUGUGAGGGCAGCGGUAGCCUACGGUAGGUAGCCAAGCUUGACUCAUGCGGACGGACGGCUUGAUGCGAUACGAUGUAUGCAUUGCAUUGACCUAUGUGUCGUCUGUGUCUGUGUCACCUGAUCUCUAAACAUUUUUCAUUUUAA